CACGAAGAGAUUGUCGGCAUUGUUACGUGUCAGUUUUCUUUUACAUUCACUGCAGGAGAUAUAACUGGUCAACAAUGUUAGUCAAAAUUCUUAAUAUCAUAGUGUUUCUUUUUGUUGAGACUUUUAUUUUAUCUGCAAGUGUUGAGAUAGAAAAUGAGGUACAAAUUACUAAGCUUAUUGAGCAGAUGAUAGCAGAAAGGACUUCGGAGCUGACGAACAAAGUUCAGAGUCUAGAAAGAAUCGUUACAAAUCAGCAGACACGAAUUCAGCGUCUAGAAAAACAGGAAAAGCGGAGAGAGAGGCAAUAAUUGACAUGGUAAAAUCAUUAACAGACUUAAGACAAGAAAUAAGUCAAAGAAAUUAGAAUCUGUGAAAGAGAAUGCCAACACUGUCAACUAUAAUAAGAACAGUCACGUCGGAGUGGAAAACGAGACUAGGCUCAAUGUAUCUGUUGACGCAAGAAAAAAGGCUUCAGCUAUUCGACAGGGUAAACAAGAGGAUAAUGAAAUCAUUGGUAAAUCAAGACGAAGACGUGAGACGGAAGUUGUGGCCUUCUCAGUUUACCUUAGUCACGAUAUUGAUCAUAUGGGGAUUGGACACCAUAUUGUUUUUGACAAGGCCAUUACGAACGAAGGAGCUGGAUAUAACGUCAAUACAGGAAUAUUUACAGCUCCAGUGACCGGACUCUACCUAUUUACUUUCAGCAUGAGUGACGGCGACCAAACAAGUGUUCUUCAAUUGGUUAUGGAUGGGUCUAAUUUGGUUGACAUUAUAGACAAUCCUGUCAAUAAUGAAUUGACCAUGAGCAGCAACACGGUGAUAGUUCAUGUAAACAAAGGACAGUCGGUAUGGAUCCAGGAGUAUGCAUUUAACGAUGCGUCAAUACUUUCGCGAGAAAUUUACCGUUACUGCACAUUUUCUGGAAUUCUUGUGUAUUAAAUAUGUUCAGAAAAUAAAACAGUAGUGAGAAAUCA